CGAAGGAGGCGCUUCUCUCUUGUAAGAAGUGUCAUCGUUUGAGUCGCUACUUGUUGCUUUGUUUCCUUUCGUUUCGGUAAAUGUAAGGAAUCUCUUCCGUGUGAAGAUCUUUGUGUUUGUGACGGCUGUAACUUUUUCUUCUAAACAACACCCAGAAGAGAGCUGGAAACGAUCUUAUUUCUAUAUUGCUUAAAGUACUUUGGCAACACUGUAAACGAGGAAAACACCAAUGACGUGGUAGUAUCAGUACUGACUUGGGAUUUGUCUGUUGAAAAGUACGACUUUGUGGACUUCCUCCUGGUAGUAAGCUAACUUGCGACCAGUAAAGACUCGGGACUUGCCAUGUGGAUUUAGCGUCUCAGUGGUGUUCCUGUGAAAUUGGAGAUCUGAUACAGCUUACUUUAUUGAUGUUGCUAUGCCCGUUUCAUGGCCUAAGUGCCGCUUGUAAAUAUUUAUCUACACCUGAAAAUCCAGAUCGGAUGGGUGUGUGGCAAAUGCCAAUAUUACUAGGAAAGUUAAGGUAUUGUGUGUUGGCUUUUGAGGGGCGGGGAAGAAGUCGUACUCUUAACUGAAUGCACCCUACCCUGGAGAUGUAACAGCAACCAUUCUGUCACUCCUCCUUGUUUUCCAUUUAGGAGGACAUGGCUGCUCACGUGGGAGCCUCCCGAACGCCUCAGGAGGUGAUGGAGCACUACGUGAGCAUGUACAUCCAUGGCAAUCUUGGCAAAGCCUGCAUCCCUGACACUAUUCCGAACAGAGUAACAGAUCACACGUGUCCAAGUGGUGGCCCGCUUUCUCCUAGCUUGACCACGCCGCUCCCACCAUUGGAUAUAUCAGUGGCAGAACAGCAACAGUUGGGGUAUAUGCCGCUUCGGGAUGACUAUGAGAUUGAAUAUGAUCAAGAUGCUGAAACUCUGAUCAGUGGCCUUUCAGUGAACUAUGAUGAUGAUGAUGUGGAAAUAGAGUUGAAAAGAGCUCACGUAGAUAUGUACGUAAGAAAACUGAAGGAGAGGCAACGGCGGAAGAACAUUGCCCGUGAUUAUAACCUGGUACCUGCCUUCCUGGGGAAGGAUAAAAAGGACAAGGAGAAAGCUCCCAAACGAAAGAUCACAAAAGAAGAGAAGGAGCUGAGGCUGAAACUGAGGCCUCUGUAUCAGUUUAUGUCUUGUAAGGAGUUUGAAGACUUCUUUGAGAACAUGCACAAAGAGAGAAUGCUCCGAGCAAAGAUUCGGGAACUGCAGCGGUAUCGUCGAAAUGGAAUCACCAAAAUGGAAGAGUCAGCAGAGUAUGAGGCAGCGAGACAUAAACGGGAAAAGAGAAAGGAGAACAAAAACAUAGCUGGCUCCAAGAGAGGGAAGGAAGAUGGUAAAGAAGGUGAAUUUGCUGCCAUCGAAAACCUGCCUGGGUUUGAACUGUUAUCGGACAGAGAAAAGGUGCUCUGCAGCUCUCUAAAUUUGAGUCCUGCACGUUACGUGACUGUGAAAACUAUAAUCAUUAAAGACCAUCUCCAAAAAAGACAAGGAAUCCCUUCAAAGAGUCGCCUUCCCAGUUACUUAGAUAAGGUAUUGAAGAAAAGAAUUUUAAACUUUCUAACAGAAAGUGGUUGGAUAUCCAGGGAUGCUUCAUGAAAUUCAGCUGAUCUGAAAAAAAACACAUCAAAGGUGCAUUAUGGCCUCAAGGACAGUAUUCAUGGCCCAUGGUUCACAUGGAUUCUUGCUUUGGAUCAUGGCAAAUACUGAAAAAUACUUAUUCGUGCAUUUCAUUGGUUUUGGUACAUUAUUAGAACAGAUCUCUUCCUCAUGUAAACUUAUUCAAGUCCAGUAGGCACAGAGUAGUUACUCUACUCCUGUUGGACAAACGAAUAUCAGUGUAAUCCUUGCUUUUUUGAAGGCGGGAGACAGUUUCUAGCAAGCGAAACUUUAAUCUCCUUUCGUUUUGUUUUUGACAUAACGCUGGCAGCAAAGUGAGGCUCACAAAAAUCCUGAGCUCUUGAGCAAUAUUAAACAGGGAUUUUUGUGAACAUUACUAAGCUUUCAGAACACUUUCCUUAAUAACUACAGCCAAGGUGUUGGCAGAACAGUAUGAGAGUUUCUGUAGAGGUUGCUGCAGGGAUGAGCCAUGACAGGGAAUAGAAACCAACAAAUGUGAGAGAGAAGAUGCCUUCAGGUACUGAUGCUGUGGAAAGCUUCUCUACCUUCACACCCCACUGAUCCUGAGUAAGAUUUGACUUGAUUUUUUUUUUUUUUUCCUGAUACAGGCCCUCACUGGAAGCUUCAGUGUUAACUAAAUUAGUAGCAAGCUGCAGAAGCUCAAAGCAACUGUGGUGCUCUGUUUUGGAAGUGAGAUUUUUAGGAGGUCAGCGCUACUGUAAAGUGGGUAAUUCCGUCCAGAAAUGGGGUUUGGGCAAGGAUGCAAUGAGCUGUCUUGCAGCAGCUGGGAGCCUUAGGCGGCAAAAUCACUGUCUCCUAUUGUUACCUCUUGCUGGAGGGAGUCUUCUGCUCCUCCUUUCCUAUCUGUAAUUCCUGAGCUCAGACAGUCUGAGGAGGCGUAGCUGCCACCUCCUGAGUUUGUUUGGGAGGGACAAGGGAAAUCAAACUGAUAGUGAUCAGUGAGAUUGGGUUAAAAACCAAUCUGUAUUACUCUUUUUUUGUUUUAAACCACGGCUGUUAAAGUACAGAACUAUAAAUGAAGUCAAUACAGGUUUUUAAUUGCACAUACCUUGAAACAUACUGGACUAAAUGUUUUGAAAUUGAAUUUACUGAGAUGGUAGCAGAGCUAUGAAUUCAGUCCUCUUCAGUGUGAGCUGUGCACCUUGACAGAUAACUCUGUCAGGACUACAGACUCAACUAGGUGCUUGCAGUAGACAUAAACUUGUAAGUGGAGCAUAUAAUAGAAAUGCCUGAUCUAUACAUCAUUUUUGUAAUACUGAUUAAGGGAAUUAAGUUGAAGAGGUAGAAAAGGAUUUUUAGACUCAUUUCAUUCUUAAAUUCCUAUGCUGGAAUUGAACCAAUCGAAUUAAAAAAAUGGGGGAUGCUAUGUGGCAGAGGGCACAGGCUUAUUUAUAACUCUGUUUUGCAUAAGAUAUUUUUUUUCCUGGCCUUUUCCAGAGCAGGAAAACUGGAGGCUAGUUGGGUAGGUCUUCCAAAUUACAGACAUGCUGAAAAAUGGAAUUUGACUGAACAAAUGCAAGCAAUGGAAACGUAAUCUUGUUUUGAUGCUUCGGACUGUAGUCAGUGAGGGACCCACCAAAUCUUAUAACAGUAUUAAUUCUGCAACUUGACAAAGGUAUACUGAUGAGAGCAGAAUAAUUUUUACUUAAUAUAUCCAGCAUUACCAAAAUAGUGUUACCGGUGAGUUUAAUAUAAAAAGGGUACAAUUAUAAAGCCAGCAUUUCUAAGGAAAAAAACUCUAGUGCCUUUUUCAUUUGAGCUUGUGGUAUUACAACCCUUCAAAAAAGGAAAGGGCUAUGUCCUCUCUUACAUAAUACUUUGUUUUGCUUACCUGUAAGUGGCUUCAUGUGGAAUACCAGAGACAAAACUGUCUCUCCUUGGCAGCAGUGUAACUAAGUGCAAUGUGCUGAGCCGCUUACAGAACCGCUUCCAACCUAUGUGCAUGUACAAACAGCGCACAAAGCAAGUUCCUAAGGUACAAACCAGUGACUUUAUUUUCCUCUGUCCUACUUCAGUGGAAAGGAAGUUCAGCCUUUCUUUCCAGUGUUCCGGUUAAGCAAUUUGGUUCUUCCUAUAACCUGUUACCUAACUGCCAUAACAUACCAUUACUGAUAGUGUUCUGAAGCUUCAACUAUGCGUGUACCAGAGAGUUUAAAAGAAUUGUGAAUUUUUGAAUUUUUUCCCAAAUCUGUGAUUUUUAUAUUUCUGCAGUGCUGUGGCACACCUAACUGAAGCAAUAGUCGAAAGCCCAUUGGAACAGUAACCUAAAAAUUCUAGGCACCAGUAAGUCAUUUAAAUGCUGUACAAAUGAAUUCUUCUGCAUUUACACUUUGUAGUUUCUUAAUUCCUCAGCCCCUCCAAAAUGUUUUUUUGGUGCUAGACGUAACUUAUUGAACAUCAAAAUGAAUGUAAAAUAAAGUAUUUUUAAUGUAUGAAAUAUGAAUAUCAAUAUUUAUUGAAUCCUUGCAAGCAAAUUCAAGGUAGUAUAUGUUUGCUUUAGCAAAUACUAAUCCCUUGGAAAGGGCUUCCCUAGAAGCAAUGUCUCAUUGUCAGCUAGGCUUUUAAUUUUAAAGAUGACUUGCACUAGAGGAUGCUGCUGUUCCAUAUUUUCCAAUGGAACUGUUUAGUCUAAGCAUUCCUUUGUUGAAUGAGCUGCUUAUUAUUAUUAUUUAAGCUGAGAUCUUAAUCCAGCAACUUACUACAGCUAUUCUGCUUCACUUUUGUAGUGAAAGAGCUGAAAAUAACAUGGCAAAAGAGCUCUUCAACUCAUAUCUCAUGUUUAUCAGGAAGUGCUUCCUGUAUUAUACAAAUACCAUAGCCUUCAUGUUGCUAAUGAACAGGUGUUUUAAAUGCUUAAUGCUCUUGGCUUUUUUCUAAUUAAAGAUCUAUACUAAUGAUAGUGUCUGUCCUGACAGCAUUGAUGUAAGACUAAGAAAAAGUGAUGCUUGAAAAAGCUGCUCAAAAUUCUGAGCUUCUGCUACUGAUUGAGGCAGCAGUACAUCUGCUUUAAUGGUGCAAAUUUACUUCAAUCAAUCAGCCCAGUCCCAGUGAAGUUUUGCAGUAAUUCUUGCUCACUAGGUAAUAAGGGCAUGUUGGUCUUCAUUCUGUGCAUACUACCCAAUGCAGGAGAGCUAGUUAUGGGCCAUUCUGCAUACAGCCCCUCCUGCCUGUUGUUCUCUUGCAGCCCCAGCAAGCACUAAGAACAGUGUUAGUGGGUCUGCAUGAGCCUUUGACCAUGAACUGUCUUGUAAAUCACACAGACCAAGCACUCUGCCAUUAUUCUCUUGUGCAAUGGCUGCAGCAAAUGUCUUUGCAACUGUAACUGACUUUAUUAGGUUUUUUUUUUUGGUUUAAUAACUCUUUUUUGCAAAGUGUUUUUUGCAUGUGCCACUGUUGCUCUUAAGCUAUGACAAAUUAAAUACUGUGAAGGAAGCUACCUGGUGAACGUGUUCAGUUCAUCAGCAUCUUCCUUAAAGGGAAUGUUGCACUCACUGGCAUAGUGUACUGGUACAGCUGUGCCAGACACACAAAUGCCUGUGCUGAAAUCAUGUAAAAUCUAACUAAAGAUGAUGUGCACACUCAGCAUUUUGCUAUUUUUUUUGCAUUGUGUAUUGAUAAAUAAACUUGCAUUAAAGUUUCUUUCCAUAACUGAUUAAUUGGUACUAUAGCUUGUUUAAUGAGGAAAAUGACUAAAGCCUUUGCAAAAACAAAGGAGAUGCAUUAGCGUUCCUCUAGCAUUUAGAUUAUGGCUAGAGAAGUUAGUUUUUAAUGGUAAUGGCUAAACCAGAGGUAUGAGUUGUAACUUUGUUGGCUGCUCUCAAACUUCAUCACCACCUUCCUUUUGUCUUUAAUUUCCUCUGUGCUGCUUACUGUUGUCUACAGCAGAGUACACAAGUGCUAUGAGUGCUCAGUAAAAUCUGAAGCAGUCCAUGCUGAAAGUAUAGCUGAACAGGCAAGCCUAGGAGAAGGAACUACUUAAAUGAGGCGUUCAGUAACGAGAAAGAAGGGCAGCUCCUACAAAAUGAAGGUCUGAUUAGUAGCAUCUAGCAGUGUUUAGCUACAUUCUGAAUGGAGUAAAGUCUAAAACUACUCUGGGCAAGAAGCUGGGAAGCUGACAAAGAACAUAUCUUGAUCUGCUGUGGCCAAAGCUGGCUAUUAGUCCUAACUGUCCUAUGGGGGGAAAAAAAAUUAUACUAUAAUUUAUAACUGUAGUUAUUACUGAGUUUAGUUUAAAUCAGAUUUUUUUUUUUUGGGGGGGGGCAGUUUUUACAAGGCAAAAGUCUCUUAAGGCACAGCAUAACAUAAAAGCAGUGGUCCCAAUCAAAGUACAACAAAAACAUUUGCUCAGUCCUACUUCACACACCCACAAGCAUGCGCUAACACUAAGAGCUUCCAAAACCAGCUCUUCCUCUAUGUUUGUUUACACCAGUCUUUCUUUGCAUUUUCAUCCCUGUACUUGAUUAAACUACUUCCUAGUUUGCAAGAAGUUUAACAUUGCUGAGUUGUCUUUGCACAUGCAAAAGAUAAUUAUUCUCUCUCCUCUGCCUAGUCAAAGCAUUGAUUUUGCUUCUUGGAGUUGAGGAAGAAAUAACUAAAGCCUUAAAAUACAUUAAACUCAAAAUGAGAGGCAGUAAAUACUUAAGUUAUUCUCACAUAACUGGUUGAUUGCCAUGCAGCAAACCAACAUGAAAAAAGACUUAAAAGAGGAAGUAAUCACUUCUCAUCAUGAGCAGCUAUUGGCAACUUUGCAUAUUUCUCAAAAGCAAUACUCAAGGUAAGAAGCACCUUAAUUCAAGACAAGCAGGAACUAGAAGGGAGGGUGGAAAUUCAGACAUACUUAACUGUUAGUUUACCAUGCUUUAAUAAUGUGCAGAAGUUUGAUGUUUCUAGCCUAUGUGUUAAUGAACGAACUUUGAGGAUGUGGGAACACAGAUGCUUUGUCAGUUGUAUGAUUUGGCAAACUCCAUCCACACCUACUGAGGUGAUCACACAACUGAAGUAUAAUGCAAUCAAUUAAUAAGGUAUGUUUGUAUUUUAGCCUGAUUCUGCAGAAGUAGGAACAAGCAGAUAAAGAGCAGAUAAACAUGGCAAAAGCUGCAUCUGGGAAAAGUUAUGUUGAAACUUAAGAUCCUGGAAGAGUAAACCCAAGAAAUGGAGAUGAAAUUGAGUUCACACUUUUGUUUCAGCCACUUAAAAGUAUUUAUGUAAUUCUGGAAGAUAAUAGGUAUCAAACUCAGCUAUUCACUUGUUUGGCUAUUCAGAUUUGUCAGCAGGACUGUAACUACAGUUUGCAUAACAAACUGGUUCUAAUGCUUGGAAGUUACAAGACUAUCAAAAUUGUUUAAACCAAUUUAUACAAUAUUCAAUUAAAUUAAAAAUCCAGAGAUAGGAUAAGUAAGUUGUGUAAGUUCUUCAAUGCUAUACAAGUAUUAGAUGGUUUUCUUGAGACAACUUUAAUAUAGAACAAAAAGGAUUGAACAAUUACAAAAGACGUCUACUCUCCCUUGCCUUUUUCUUACAGGUCAGAAUUCACAAAGGUUGCAAUUUCAGUUAUUGAGAGAGGCUCUACUUCUGAAUAGACAUAUUACCAAAAAAAAAAAAAAAGCAUUUAU